UUCGGAAUUGCGUCGUGCCUUGUCUCUAUAGUGCUCAUCACAUAAACAACAUGGCGCACUCUAACUCCAACAUGCUAUCGUAUUUUCUUUAUUUAUAACUUGAAGAAAUAUGGACGAAGUACCUAUUAAAGUCGCUGUACGGGUUCGUCCUUUGAUUGGUCAAGAGAAGGUGCAUAAUGUUGGGCAGUGUGUAUAUUGUGUCCCAAGCAAGCCACAAUUGGUCCUUGGAAAAGACAGGGGUUUUACCUUUGAUUUUGUUUUUAACCCAGCAACAUCACAAGUUGAGGUAUAUGAAGCAUGUGUCGAACCUUUAGUCAAGAGCUGUCUCCAAGGAUACAAUGCAACAGUAUUUGCCUAUGGACAAACGGGUUCUGGUAAGACAUACACUGUAGGCGGCAUAGAUACUGGAGUACUCAGGGACAGUGAAUUAGGCAUCAUACCCAGAGCUGUCAAACAAAUAUUUCAAAAUAUUGAGGAAAACCAUCAUAAACUUGAGUAUGAGGUACAUGUGUCAUAUAUUGAGAUCUAUCUUGAAGAACUGAGAGACCUUCUUGACUUAGAAACAUCUAGUAAAGACAUACAUAUAAGAGAGAAUGAAAAGGGUGAUACAGUUUUGAUUGGUGCUACAGAACAGUUGGUAGAGACUAUAGAUGAAGUUAUGAGUUAUCUAGACACAGGAUCUGCAGCCAGACACACUGGAAUAACAAACAUGAAUGAAGCAUCCAGUAGAUCCCAUGCUAUAUUCACAUUAUAUAUAAGUCAAAAACCAAUGGCUGAUUUGAAUGAAGAAGACAUGUUUGCAGCAAACCAACAGACUACAGACCAGGAACAGGAUACCGAUUACAGUGACUACAAGUACGCUAAGUUUCAUUUUGUUGAUCUGGCUGGUUCCGAACGAGCCGUUAGGACAGGCAAUGUUGGAGAGAGGUUCAAAGAAUCUGUGCAGAUAAACAGUGGAUUGUUGUCUUUGGGAAAUGUUAUAAGUGCAUUGGCAGACCACAGGAAAAAGGCACUGCAUGUGCCAUACCGUGAUAGCAAGGUAACUCGCUUACUGAAAGACUCUCUUGGUGGUAAUGCAAGGACGGUCAUGAUCACCUGUCUCAGUCCUGCUGAACAAGAUUUUGGUGAAAACCUGAAUUCCCUAAAAUAUGCUACCAGGGCUCGAAAUAUUCGCAACAAACCUAUUAUAAACAGAGAUCCACAGAACACAAGACUGGCAGCUAUGCAACAUCAGAUUAUAGCAUUACGCGAAGAGUUAGAAAAGCGUAGGCUCACAACAGUAUCAAGUACUGACGAUAAACAAAAAGUGGAGAAAACAGAGGAAAAACUACAGAGAUAUCGCGGGCUUUGUGAAGCUUACAUACAGUGUGCAGUAAGUGCCUCUGCUUUGCUCAGGACAUUCCACAGUAAUGGUACUAUGAAUAAUACACAAGCCAGUCAGUAUGAAGACUGGAUGAAGAUGCUGGAUGACAUAACCACUAAAUAUUCUAUGAGCACCAGCCAAUCAGAUGUUAGUUAUAUGAAGAUGAUAGACAAAUUGAGAGUAGAAAAUAUCAAGUACAAAUCUGAACUGUCGAAUGAUGAAGAAAUAUUUGCUAAGCAGUCUGGUGAAAUAGACAGUCUCAGGAGAAAGUUGAAAGGAGUAGAUCAACAGAAGAGAAUGCUCACACAGCAGCUACAAGAAUACCAGCUGAUCAUCAAGAAGAAAGAUGACCAGUUAUUUGAACAGCAGCUUCAACUUAAUAACGCCAUGCUGAAGGGACAUGAGCAGUGUACUGUAGGACCUGGUAUGUACUAUGAUGUAAUGCUGAAGGGACAUGAGCAGUCUACUGUAGGACCUGGUAUGUACUGUGAUGUAAUGCUGAAGGGACAUGAGCAGUCUACUGUAGGACCAGGUAUGUACUAUGAUGUAAUGCUGAAGGGACAUGAGCAGUCUACUGUAGGACCAGGUAUGUACUAUGAUGUAAUGCUGAAGGGACAUGAGCAGUGUACUGUAGGACCAGGUAUGUACUGUGAUGUAAUGCUGAAGGGACAUAAGCAGUCUACUGUAGGACCUGCUUAUGGUCGUUUAAGAGCUAACACAGCUCCAACAGAUCACACUGGCAUAGACACUAAACUUGAGGGAAGAGAUUUGCAUAGCAGUCCAUCCAUUUUAUCUGCAGAUCGAAUGAUUCAAGGUUUUCGUGCUCGAAGCCAGUUGUUGAUGAGAAGAUAUGAAGAGAAAGACGAGGUCUUGUGUACUCUGUCUGAAUCAAGUGAAAGUGAAGAAGAACAAGACAAAGAAAAGGAAGAUUCAAGGGAACUUGGAAGAACUUGGAAGGUUAGAGGAAAUCUUGUUGGGGAAAGAAAUAUACCUUCUUUCACUCUUAGUGGACUACAACCUACUGAUAAUACUGAGAAAAACAGCAAUGAUUUGUUAAAGAGUCUACGGUCCAGCACCCAAGUAAUAAGUCAAGAAGUGAAACAAACUGAAAUAAAGCUUCAAGAGGCCCAGCACAGAAUGAGAGAUUUGACUAUCAACAUCAGGCAAAAAGAGGAGCUGAUCAAAGAACUUAUGAAGAGCGAACAAGAAGAAAGGAAAAUGAAGAAGCAUUUUUCGAAAAAGGUUCAGAGUUUGCAGGAUGAGGUGGAAGCGGCAAAGAAGGAAGUUGAUGAUAGCAAAAAGAUCCUAGAGGAGAGCAGAAGUAAAGCAAAUGUUGAAACUAGCGAAAAAAGAAAGACAGAGAUGGAAUAUAAGAAAAAGCUACAGGCUAUGGAAUCAAAACUGCAAGCACUCGAGAAAAAACAAAAGGAUGGAGAGAAAAUGACUUUAUUUCAUCAAGAAAAAGAGAGGAAGCUGAAAGAGUUAGAAAGUUACAUGGAACGAAUGAAGAACCAACAGGAGACUGUGAACAAACGUUUAAAAGAAGAGAGUGAGAAGAAAAGUAGACUUGAACGAGAUAUGAGUAAACACCUUCAGAGGAUUAAAGAACUGGAAAAACAGGGAGAACAGCAGCAGAAGAUUAUUAAACGCAAAACAGAACAGGUGGCUAACGCACAAAGAAGGCUGAGGACGAUCAAUAAACAGGGUUCAGAUGAUAAGGGGGAUGAUACCAUGGGUUAUCAGAAAAAACAACAAUGGUUAGAUUCUGAGAUUGACAAAGUCCUGCAGCAGAAGCAGGCGAUGGAAGCCCUCGAGGAAGACUUGAAAAAACGAGAAGAAAUUGUAAAAAACAGAGAAGUUAUGAUAAAUGAGAAAAGCGCGUUGGAAAUUAAGAAACUACGAUCAAGUCAAAUACUAAACAAGGACAUUCUACGGUUGUCUACCCAGCUAAUGAAAGUCGAGCGAGAAAUAAAAGAAAACGAAGAAUCAGAACCAGGGGUUGAUGUAUGUGUUAAGACACCACUCACUGGGCUCCUUCAAACCAGAGAUGAAUUACACAAACAAAGGAAUAUAUUGGAAAGUAAAUUGCAAGAUGGAGAACUGCUUGAUCCAGGCGAGGAAAGAAGGUUGAUAGAAUUGGACGAAGGUAUCGAGGCUUUAGAUGCUGUUAUCGAAUACAAAAAUGACUCAAUAAAGAACAAACAACAGCAGUUGCAGUCCAAUGAUGAUUUAAACAUCGAACUGAUAACCGAGAUCAAAUCACUUCCAAGAGAAGAAGCCACGAACCUGUUGUCUAAAUACCUGGACAAGGUCAUUCAGUUAAGACAAACUGAAGCUAAACUGCAUCUGGACUGUAACGAGAAGGAUGUAAAGAUCGACGAACAAGAAAGAAUCAUUGGAGAGUUACAAAGAGGAUUACAGCAGGCUCUAAUGGCGGCUGAACGCAAAGUCACCAACUUGCAGCAAAAACACGAACAAAAGAUACAGUUCUUGAUGAGUCAAGUAAGAGACGCUGAAAAUGCUGUUCGUCACGAAGGAAAAGAAAGUGACAAUCAUUCCCGUGUACAGCAGUUGGAGCGAGAUGUUUAUUAUUACAAAAAGACCUGUAGAGAACUAAAAAAGAAGUUACGCGAAAACAAGUCAGCAGGGAUUGAGAGUACAGACAUUACAGCCAGUGGUAGAACUGACACUGAACUAGAGCAAUCCGUCGAUAAAUGCACAGCAAUUAGGAACCAAACCUCCUCCUCAACCAGAGACAGUCCUGGAAGACGAUUACAGAGCUCCAGUCCUACUCAAGAUGAAUCACAAGCUGAUUUAGUUCAAGACUCGAUUGAACCUGCCCUCAAUCCAUGGGGACCUUCAUAAUAAACAAUGUAUUGAAAUGAGUGGUUUAAACUUGUGCGGUCUUUCUUUACGUAGGUUUGUCUACCGUUUGUUCUGUAAAUAAAUAUAUUUAUUUCAAUUCUUUAUAUUACCAUUUUCCACAAAAAUUUCGCGGUAAAAAGAUCAUUCUUAAAAUAUCCAUAAAUAAAGUUUCCCUUAUCCAAA